AUUUUUAAUUUCUUUUACUUUUCUCUGAAACUCAGCAAUGGCGUCGACGAAGCCCGGUCCCGAAAUCGACCUUGAAGAAGAGGCGGAAGGCGGAGGUGCAGCCGUAGACUGUUUGAAUUUCACAGCAGAUGGCGAGGCUACGAGCUUGCUCGUUUGUUACUCUGCGCUCGACGACAGGGACAUCGAUUGCAAUCCUUAUUUCCCUUUCUCUGGCGCGAUUUCAGAUUCUGGAUCAGGUUCUUACACGGAUACAGAACCUGCUCCGUACAACUGUCCAAUCGAUUUCUUCGAUCGAGAAUCUUCCGGGGUUGACGCGGCUGAGUACUUGGAAUCGGAGGGGCUGACCACCGAUGAUUUCAAUAUAUGGGGCUUUUAUGACCCCAAGGAAGACGAGGAGGAGAUCGUUUUGGGGGCUGGAUGUGUGUCGGGAUCCGGGUCAGGAUCCGAUUCGGAUCGGCAACAUGGUAACUCAGACGAGCAAGGGCUUCGAGUGACCGGUAUCGAUUCAGAUUCCGAUUACGAAGAUGGCGUGUUCGAUUUUACUUUAGGGGAUAGUGAGAAUGAGGCUAAUGUUCUGGGUCGGGUCGAGGUCGGUACGGGUCGUCCUCCUGUCUGGGAUUACGCCUUCGAUGGGGAAACCAUGGUGGCUGAUGAAGAUUUGGAGGAGUUGCAGAACGCGAUUAGCUGGACGCUUAUGUCUUUUAGUAGAUCCGAAGAAGAGGAGGAAGAGGGAGAAGAAGAAUUGUCUUCUCCAUCAAGAAAUUCAUCAAGGGAUGAUCAAGAAGAGCAUGAACUGGACUGGCAGGUCUUGUUAACUGUGAACAACGUUGUUAAUUACAUCGAACAAGCUGAAGGAAUCGUGAUAAGCCCUGGUGAUAUCGAUCCGAGUCAUUACCUGUAUCUAGCUAGUUUGGAUGAAUAUGCCGAGAAUCAUAUUGAUGAUGAUGCUAUCUUUGGGCAAAUGUUUGAUAACGAGACUGGAAUCAGGGGAAAUCCUCCAGCUGCAAAAAGGGUGAUUGAGGAUCUUCCAGUUGUGGAACUUACAGUGGAAGAAGUAAACAAAGGGAACAUCUUUUGUGCGGUCUGCAAAGAUGAAAUGGUCAUAGAGGAGAAAGUGAAUAUGCUUCCUUGUAGGCAUUCCUAUCAUGGAGAGUGUAUUGUGUCUUGGUUGAAGAUAAGGAAUACUUGUCCGGUUUGUCGGUUUGAGUUUCCUACUGAUGAUUUUGAGUAUGAAAGGCAUAGGAGAUCAUCACAAAGCAGUCUUUUCCUUACCGGGUAGAUAUAGUGUUGAUUUUAUUUGAAGUAUCUGUUCGUCAUGUUAAUAGUCACAGUUUGAGAAUCCUUGAACCACUUUGUUUGUGAUAAGCACUCAUCGUAAAUUCCAAAGUGCUCAUGUUGUAGAUAUUCUUUUUUUAUGACAUAAUAUCAAGUUGGACCUUUGAAGGCCAUAU